GGACUCGAUGAUCUCUAGAGUUCCCUUCCAACCCCUACAACUCUGUGGUGUUUAGCGCAGUCGGGAGGCGGGGCUAUGCCGUUCCCGGAAGCCAUGCUGGGCCUGGCCGGCUUCCGUCAGCGGCUGGCGGUACCGCUACGGAACCGCGGCGGGGCCAUGCCCCGGAAGGGAAAAGCGGCCGGGAAGGAGCGCGAUGAACCCGGCGCCGCCGCGGGGCCUGUGGUGGCAGCGGGAGACGGCGGGGUGAGGGUGUCGGUGCGCGCCAAGCCCGGCUCCCGCUGCAGCGCUGUGACAGAUGUGACAGCCGAGGCAGUCGGUGUGGCUAUUGCUGCACCACCAUCGGAAGGGGAGGCGAACGCAGAGCUGUGCCGGUACCUCUCUAAGGUGCUGGAAGUGAAGAAGAGUGACGUUAUUUUAGAGAAGGGUGGUAAAUCACGGGACAAAGUGGUGAAGAUUUUGGCAUCAGUGACACCAGAUGAAGUAUUAGAAAAACUGAAAAAAGAAGCUUCUACUUGAGCUAAAACAGGAGUGGAAAAUGGAGCAAUAUACUGCAUCUUGGUGAACAGACUGAUGGGUUUUUUUCUUAUGUAAAUAGGUUCUUCUUGGAAUUUGGAUACUGACUGGGAAAAGAUGUGCUCCUCUGCCUCCCCCUUCCUUUGAUAAUGUCACUGCUGUAAAGCUGAACUGUUCCUGUAGGUUUGGUAUGGAAAAUUGUGUUUACCGAGGUUCUGUGCCUGCUUCUGUCAGUAAGACUUGUCCUCUUCCCUGCUCUCUCAAAGUUGCUGAAUGCAGCAAGAUUUGGUUCAUAAAGCAGAAGAAUUGGAGUGAUGGGCUUCAAAGGCAUCAGUACAAUGUGAAACACAAAACAAUCAGUCUGGGUGUUACAGACCCUAGGAGUGUUCUCUUUAAUGUCUGGUGGCUGGUGUUGGGUGCAGUUCCACACUGUCAUAUAUGUGAAUCCCAUAUUAAUGUAUUUAAAGCUAAUAUGUAUACUGUGGUUGGUCAUCACACAGUCAAGCUAAAACCAGAAUUACUUGCAUAACUGAAUCAAAAUCAGGGUUGCACAGUAUAAAAAGGGUGACCCAGCACCUAAUGACUGCAUACAUAGUGGCACUUUGUAGUAGUCUGUAAUGAGUGACCUGAGACGCAGAACUAUAAUUGUGGCAGCUCUACAAAAUGUAUCUCAAGUGUUAUGACUUUUUAAUAAAAAGGGCAAAAAAUAUCACCGA